AUGUCUGGAAAUCCCGGUCCAAUUUUGGUUUAUGAUCGAACCGAGAGGAGCUUUAGAUUACCGGAGAACGAAGAUAUUGGCAAGAAUCUUUCGCGCUUGUUGAAUAUUUUGCGUGAAUAUAAACCUGAAUUAGCUUCUGAACUUUUACGCUCGUUGAGUCCAUUUCCGAGAUAUUUGAGUUGUAUUCAGCACCAAUAUCUUUUUGAAAAUUUUGAUCCCCCUGUAUUUAUUGGAGCUGGUGGUUUUGGGACCGUUUACAAGACCAGGCAUAAAAUUGAUGGUAAUACUUAUGCAAUCAAAAAGAUUUCGGGUUCAUGUUCAAGCGAUGCUCUUGAGCUUGCUAGGUCGGAAGUUCUUACAAUGUCCCGACUUAAACAUGUUAAUGUAGUCAACUAUGUAACUUCUUGGUUGGAUUACGAAUGGGUGUCUGUUGAAGACCAAGAUGAGAUGCCUAAUGGUGAUUUCAGUUCAGUCCAAUAUUCUAAAUACUACUUAACUCAUUUAUCAAAUGAAAUAAAGUGGAAGCCUAUAAAGUCUAAAAACGGUUAUGUACACGACAAAACUUCAUUUGAUGCACAUCUUUCACCUGAUAAAUUUCAUGAUGAAAAAUUAACAAGUAAUGGAAUACCCGAUGGAAGACGUAAGAAAAAGCGUGGAAUUAUUUCUAAAACCGGUAAUCAAUCCCAUGUCACGGCAUUAAUUCGCAAGAAGGAAAUUAUUCCUGCCAAUAAUAUCAGUAUGUCACAUCCUCCUGUGUGUAUUCGAAGACCUGUCCUUUGUAUCCAACUAGAACUUUGUCAAUAUAAUCUAGCAGAUUGGCUACAACAUAGGAACAGUUUAUUUUCUGUUUCCUCUAAUUCAAUCGAUCGGUUGAAUAUUUCUCUACUUCCACCUUAUCAAACAAUGCAACGUGCUCCUGUACGUUGGUUGAUGGACCAAAUAGCUUCAGGAGUUGCAUAUCUACAUUCUGAAAAUGUAAUUCAUCGUGAUCUCAAGCCAGAAAAUGUUCUCAUCUGUGGACCUCCAUUACAUUCUAUUUCUAAUAUUCCUUGUUCAUGUACAAUGAAUAGAUUUUCACCGAAAUAUGAUAAUAAUCAAAUGGUGACAGAUUUCAAUUCUUAUCUAUCGAAAAUUGAUAACAAUCAUAAUGAAUUCUAUUCGUCUCUGUAUACAUCUGUAAAAUUGAAUUGUUAUCAUCAACUGGUUGUAAAGAUAUGUGAUUUCGGUUUAGCAAGAAUAUUGUUAGAUAAUUCAAUUAGCUUGAGAAGAUUGCCUAGUGUAUCAGAAAAUCAUUCAGAUCAAGUUCAUCUGUAUAACAAGAAAACACCUCCACCGAUUGAAAUCAGUUCACACAUAAUUCCACCAUGUCUAUCGCCAUCAAUCUCAUCAUCAUCAUCAUCCAAAACUAGUUCGCAUUGUUCAUCACAUGAUGACCAGUGCUCAUCACCACUAAGAGCUUCUCCUUCAUCAUCCGCAUCGUCUAGUCAAAGUACGGAUUCAGAUAGUUUAAUUCAAUUUAAAAAUCCUUCUGGGUAUUCAUCAAAUAAUUUGUCUGAAAAUGAUGAAUACAGAAAGAACUCGUUGAUAUAUGAUAAUAAUAAUAAUAAUAAUAAUAAUAAUAAAAGACGAGAUAAUCUAAAGUUUGACAUGGAAUCUACAGUCAAUUCAUCUAGUGAUAAUGCUUAUUGGGAAAAUACAGUUUCUCAAGGAAAUCAUCUACCACUUUCUACAUACAAACCAUCAACCAGUUCACUUUGUCUAACUGCUAAUUUAGGAAGUUCUAUUUAUACUGCACCAGAAGUUCAACGUUAUUGUACAAGAAACAAAUCAACUCAACGUGCUUUUUAUGAUUUCAAGGCUGAUAUUUACAGUUUAGGUGUAAUCUACUUUGAAAUGUUACAUCCUUGCUUUACAAAAUCAGAGCUAAUAACUUAUUUAGAACAAUUUUCAAGAUAUCCGAAAAUGAAUACUGAUCAGUAUCAUAUUAAUUAUCCUAUUAAACGAGGUGGUGUAGAUUAUCUACUGGAUUCAUUUCCUCGUUCAAUGCAAUCAACAUGGCCAUAUGAAAGUCAUUUAGUUGCUAGAAUGUUAAAUUUCAAUGUACAGUAUCGUCCUAGUGCAACUGAAGUUGUAGAAAUACUAUCAGUCAACUCAGAGUUUUCAGAUCUAAGGGGAAAUCAUAUCAACACUCCUAUGCAUUCAGUAGUUACCUCGUUUAACAAUACUUGUUCAGAUACUUCUGAGAAUCUGAUGACAGUAGAAGAUAAGGAUGACAAAAGUAAAGGAAUAAACUAUCAUCCACCAGAUAAUAGUUUGUCAAGUUAUCAAUUGAUCGAUUAUUUAAUUUGGCGUAAUCAAGAACUUGAACAAAAGUUAUAUGAAACACGUCAACGUCUUUCUAAGUAUGAAAAUCUUGAUGAAAGAUAA